UAGUAAUUUUCGGGAGUGAUAAGAAUUAAGUAAAAAUUAAAAUGUAUUUCAAAGGUUGCCUUUUUGUUUUAGGUUGCAUGAUCGCAAGCAGCAUUGCGGGCGUCAUUCCGAUUCUCGCUCAGUCUGAAGAAUUUCAGAAUAAUGGAAGUUAUAAAUUCAGCUAUGAAACGGGGAAUGGGAUAGUUCGUGAAGAAGUUGCCUAUGGAAAAAUUCUACCUAGAAGCCGCGAUGCAAGCAGUAACGAGGGUGGUGAAAGUAAUGAAAGCGAGGAAAUUCAUGUACAACGAGGUUCUUACUCGUAUACCGCACCCGAUGGUACUGUCAUAUCUGUAAGAUAUAUCGCCGAUGAAAAUGGUUUCCAGCCAAUCUAUGAACAUAUACCAAGCAAGGACAGUUCAAAUUCAGCUGAAAAAUCUGGAAGAGCUUUAAAAUUGUAUGCUUCUGAAUCUAAAUCUGCCCCUAUUCCAAAGAUAAGCGUUUCUGAGUCGAGUGAAAGAAGUGUAGAUGAAAUUAAACCUCAAGAAAAAAUUGCUCCCGAAAUAGUACCUUUAGACGUUUCUACAGUAGCACCUUCAUUAGUUUCUGAAGUUACAAACGCUGCUAUUCAAAAAGAAAACCCUGAAGUUGUUCCUAUGUCUAUAUCGACAGUUGCUUCUCAAAGUGCAUCUGCAGUAACAUCUAAAUCCUUGUCUGAGAAUGUUCCUAAUGAAAUAUCAACAGUGGAGCCAGAAAUAUCAUCAUCAUCAUCUAUUAUUUCCGAAGAUACAUCGGAAAUGGUUGCCGAAAUUUCAUCUACAUCUGUUCCUGAAGAAGCAUCGACAAUUAUUUCACAGACUGAAUCUGAAUCCGACUUUAAUAAAGUCCCUACAGCUAUUCCCGAAAAUGCAUCUACCGUUAUUUCGGAACAAGUAUCAGCAGGUUCAACAGAAGAAGAGAAUCUCCUUGUAUCAACUGAAAGUGUACAAGCAGUAACUGAAUUAAAGGCUAUAGAAGAAAGUGAAUCAACAACAGCUAAUGUAGAUGUAAGUACUAUACCAGCUUCAACUGCAGGCCCUGAUCAGCCACUUACUGAAACUGAACAGGGUACCAUCGCUUCAGCAGAAUUACCUAGCAGUGACGCACCAGAACAAUUAGCUUCAAGUGAAGUUUCUGAAUCAUCAAAUUCUACUUCAGCUCCUGAGCAAGCGAGUACAACUGAAGCCGUCAGACAAGAAGCUUCUUAGGAAUCUGUUGAUUAAUCUUUUACAAAAAAAGUUGGGUCAUCAGCAACAAAGACCUUUGAAUUUGCUACCCCUAAAGAACCGAGCUCUCCAACCGUAUAAGCUGAACGAACUUUUAAGAAAAUCAUCAAUUUUAGACAGUGUAAUAAUAAUUUAAAAAAAGAGAAAAAAAAUAAGAUAAUUCAAUUUUUUUGGUACGGGUGUAUAUAUACUAUAUUUUAUAAUUGUGUAUUAAAUGUGAUAAAAUAAAAUGUAUAAUGACAAAUAAAUAAGUACUAGUUAAGUUUUUA